GCUGGCCAGGAACAUUAGUUCGCUUCGCAGUCGCACAAGCCGUCGCGCGCGCGCGUUCUCCUCCUCGCUUUAUUAUACAUAGAGAGUAGUGGUAGUCGUCUCUCGUUUAUAUACAUAUAUAUGUGUGUAUAUAUAUACAGAGACAGUUUGUGGCGUAGCUGCUAAUACAGUGAGUGCGUGUGUGGAUCAGUCAGAGUUCGGGGCCCCGUCAGUUACUUUUUUGUCGUUGCACUUGGUUGACUGUUAGACAUUUACAACACUAUGGGUGGUCAUAUCGUCGAAUCGAUCGUUUGUAGAAAAAGUCGGAUCUCGAGAAUGCUCAUACCUUCGAACUCUUAAGAAAAGCCCAGUCUUUUCCAACCCCUACCACCACCAACAACAACAACCAGCACCAACUUGGUCAGUAGAGUGCACCACGCAUCGUUCGCACCAACUCCAGGCGAGGCAUCCUUUGGUCAAUUGACUCUCUUGUCGUCGUAUUCGGCGGAGAGAUCAGUAUAUCGUCGCGAGUGAACGCAGCAGCAGCAGCAGCAGCAUAGACGCACUUCUGAACGCAGCAGAAAGCAGAUUUUUCAAUUAGACACUUGCUGGAUUCCAGAGAGCGUGUGUCUUUCGAUUUAAACAAAAAGUUAUAAAUCGAACAAUAAAAUGGGUUCAUCGCGUCCGGUUGACAGAUCCAUCGGCGAGGCUACCUUCUUGCCGCAGUGGAUGAAAGGAAAGGUGGAUACGAGGUACGAUUACGGCGAGACGGCCUUCAGUCCGCCGGCCGACGACGACUUCUUCGUCAUACGCUACGCCAAGCACCAAGAGCAGCUCAAGGCCUCGGCCAACAACGCCCAGGAGGGCUUCAGACAGUUCAACGAGGGCCAGGCCGCGGCGGCCGCUGGCGUUACCCAGCCGGCGGCGCAGAUGACACAGACACCGACGACGAGCUUCAGCCGGGGCCCGCUCGCCUUUCAAUCCUUCAUACCCUUCAUGUCGGAUCGAGUGUGCGAGCCGAAAAUCGUCCUCGCCAACAAGUCUAACAAGAGCAGCGACGACGAGUCGUCGUGCAACAACAACAACAGCACGACCCAGGACCGCGGCCGAUCCAUCGUCAGCGUGGCGAGCCAGCUGGUGUCGUCCAAGUUCGGCAAAGCCAACUCGGCCGACUCCGCGGCCGCUUCCGGCAGCUCCAAGCCAUCAUCCAACGACUCCGCGGCCAAUAGUUCCACUCAGCAGCAGCAGCAGAAGGUCAGCAAGUCGUUGCCGGCUACGCCGCUCACGUCGCCCGCGGGCACGCCCGAGGGCUCGCCCAAGACGCGCCGUCGCCAUCGCUACUUCAACGGGGGCGCCUACGUGGCCGCCGACGGCGAGCGCAAGGGCUGGCUGCUGAGCAGCAUCCUCGGCCAGUCGCGCGAAUUCAUCGCGCCGAAAAAGAUCGACGAGGAGGAGGAGUCGCAGCUGGACCAGGUGCCGGCGCACGCGUUCAGUCGCAAAAAGUCCAUCUCGUCCCAGAAUCUGACUUACCUGGGCAAGGAGGACGGCGCCGAGAAGAAUAACGCGUCGUUGAGCAUACUCAAGGUCAAUCCAUCCGAAUUGAGAGAGAUGAACUUCUGGACACCCACGUCCAUGUAAAUAGAAGAGCUCGAUGUUAGAGUCGAUCCUCGCCCCCCAUUUUCUUCUAUGCGCUCAUCGUUUCGACGACGCGAUGCGAUGAUCAUCUUUUUCAUAUACGAUUCGACUUCUCGACGCGAUACCCCAUAAUCUAGACGCUGUUCUCAAAGCCUACGACCAAGGUGCUGGAGUGUUUUGCGAAGAUCAGUUUUUGUGAGAUUCAUCUCUAUAUAUGCGCGCGUCGACGGCUUUUACGUUCGACUCGCACAUUCUACAGACUAUAGUUUCUUGCCUUUUUCUUUUUGAAACGAUCGCUUAACGACUGGCUCUUUUCGAGCUGUCCGAUCGAGUAGCACUAACUUCAAGAUUUAUUCUUUAUUUAUCUUUCAUGUUAAAUGCAGAAACUGAUUAUUCGCAAAUGGAUUUUUUUUUGUAUACUAUCAUUGAACAACUAUCAAGUAAUGCAUUAUUUUGUCAUACUUUUUAUAGCUGCGAAAUUAUUUGAUAUCAAUUUGUCUGUACAAUGAAAUUUCUGAAUUAGACUUAUUUACUUGAUCCAAAGCUCUCUUCCAGAGCUGCUUUACUGGAAUUAUUCAAGUAUUGUUAUAAUUAAAGUUUCCUACAAUAAAGUAUUAAACUUGAGUUGAA